AUGAGUCUGAAGACCGGGAAAACCAACACCGGGGGAAACAAAAAGAAUGUGGAGAAGAAAGAAGGGAAGAGGAAAACUGCAUUGAGUCAGGGAAACAAAGGCGAGAAGAAAAUCAAGAAAAAGAUGAGAUUUGAAUUCAAAUCGAAUCUGAGUUCUGGAGUUCCUGACAAAAAUGCUAGAUGUGAUGGUAAACCCGAUACCAGACGUGGGGAAACAGGAGUGAAAUCCGAAAUGUCAGAAAAAAGCCAAAUGCUCUCCAAAGAUGAAUCUUGCCCGGAAUUUUUCGGAGUUAGAUCAUAUCUGCACAAUUUCUACGAAUCGGUCUCAAUCCGUAACCCUCAGCUAUAUGAAGAUAUAUAUGAUGAUGAGAUGAUUUAUUUAAACAACACGCGGAAAUAUGCCAGGAAGGAUGCCGUCAUCUGUUGGAAAUUCAACAUGGGGCUGGGUGCUUUUGCCCUUGGCCUUGGAGUUAUCCUAAUCUUGGUAGGUUACCUUACUCCACUUCAUGAGGGAAUCAAAAGUCACCAGGAAGACUACGUGAUUGUUGACAGAGAUGCAGCAAAAUUCAACUACUACAUCAAAGUCUGCCGCAUGAUGGGUUUGAUUUCUUUUUGCGGGGGUGGUUGUAUUUUCAGCAUCGCUUUAUUAGUAAGUUUCUUUUUCAAUAUGAACUACACCGAAGAAGAGGAAGAUGACCCUUUAGAACCACUUUGCGUUACCCUCGACACUGAAGAUGUACCCCAAACACCCACUGAUAAGAAGAUACCGGCCACCGAAGAAUUAACUAGCGUCCAACCGAAACGAGAAGUUGAGGAAGUUGUGAUGACUAAUUCAGGACUGUGCAAACCACCAGCCCAGAAAGGUAAUUCAGGCAAUUGAAUCAGAAAUGAAACCCAAAAUUCACUUUCGAGUAAUGAUUUUAAAUGUCAUUCCGGCACAUUUAUUUUCAUAUUUUAAUUUUAAGUAAAUAUCUUUUACCUCUUAAGUUUAUUUUAAUAUCAAAGAAAUUUUUUUACCGACAUAAUAUCUCAUGGGAAUGAGUUCUUUUUAUCUACUAUCAAAAGUGACUAUUUUCAUGAGCAAACGUAUUUUGAAAAAUAAUUUCUUUUUCUUAUUUUUAUAAACGUUUUUUCUACAAUUUUUGUAUUUUUCAUGUCACAGCGUUAAAAUUUUAUUUCUGUAAAUAUAGCAUUGGUGAUAAAAGGAAGCAUAUGGUUAGAUGAGGAA